AUGGACGCCUAUCCCGAAGACUAUGUGGUCAACAACCUCCCAUUCAUCUUGCUAUCUGGCUUAGAGGCAAGCUCCGAGGAUGACCUGCAACCAAGGGGGGUCGACUAUCCUCUGCUCCAUGAAAAGGGUGCGAGAAUAUACUCUGAUUUCCCGCCCUUGAACGGACCGAUCGCAAAGGAAUUGCGGGAAAUGCUGCUGGAGGAAGAUGCUUCGGAGAUCCCCUGGAAACCCCGGGAUAGUGCCCAUACUGGGUUGCCCCGAAUCAAAUACAAGAUCAAAAGUGUUGGCCGGACGUACAGGCUCCCUCCACGCAAGGCUAACCCCCCACCUGUGUCUCCUCCCACAAGUCCAACGGCCGGACAAGGCGAUGAUAUCCCACACGCGUCGUCUCUCAUUCUUCAUUCUCCAAUAUCCCCGUUGACACCAAGCUCGCCGACUUUCCCAGAUGGCUUGCUUACACCUCUAUGGGUGACGAAACACCAGAACUUGAUCCCCGCCGCCGUGAUCAAUUUCUUCCCUUUCUGUUUGGACCAUAACAUGAGCUCCCUACGCGAUAAUCAAAUGAAGAUAGAAAUAAAUGGCUUGAAGAAUGAAUGGUCGGCUUCGGGCUAUAAAACGCGGUUUAUAGUGGUCCUUCUGUCGGAAGACUUCCCCGGUGGCUACAUCGGGGAUGCCGAUGACCGCCUAGCAAGCAUCCGGAGGGCAACCAACCUGGAUCAGAAAUCAAUUUUCCUCCUUCCAGCAGACGCAACUUCGAUGGAGUUGAAAGAGUUUACUACAUCUUUAUUGUCCUUGCUCCAGCCGUCGAUAAUGGAAUAUUACCGGGAUCUAUCCAAGCAUGCAAGGCGAAAGCGAAAUAGAAGCACCAUCCCACCCCCGACGGCGCCGCCGACAAGUGGAACGUCGCAGACUCUUUCUCUUCAGGGGUGGAAUGUGCGAUAUGAGUUCAAAAUGGGAAUCUUCGCGGAGUUCCGGCAUGAAGUAGAUGCAGCGUUAAGGAACUACGAAAAUGCCUACGACACAUUGUUUGGGCAGGAGGUCUUUGAAAAUAUUGCUGGAUGGAACCCUAGAUUUAAUGACGCACGCCUUCUGGGGGAUACCAUUGCAAUACGUAUCAUUCGCUGCUUACUUUGUUCCGGACAGACUACUGCCGCAGUACGGUCAUGGGUCGGCCACAGAACUCACGUGCAGGAUAUUGUCAACCGCCGGGGUAAAGGAACAAGAAAUUAUGGUUGGGAAGCCUGGGAGGCUAGAUGGUCCAUGGUUAUGGCACAGCUUAUACGGCAGGCUGGUCUUCCUCAUUUCUCUUCUGUCGGCGUCCCUCAGGACCAGUUUAAUGAGCAGUAUUCCAUUUUCAUUGCCCAAGAAAGGGCAGCCACCUUGGCAGAUGCAGUUACUCCAUGGGAACAUCUUCAUCACGAGGGUUACUGGCUGUAUCGAUCAGCGAAACAUUCUAUGUACCGACGGACCUUAGCAGAGCAGAUCCCGGAUGAGGACCGGAUCCCACCAGGGCAAUCUCCUGCUUCCCAAAUUGCUAGCAAAUCCUAUCUGUACGAUACAUAUUUGGCCCCAGAAAGCCAUGUAGAGGCCCCUCAACCAGGCUCAAUCGGCUUUGAUCAUUCGGCCCUGAUAUUGGACGCCUUGAAAGCCGCUCUAGCGGAGUUUUCGAAGCGAAACCAGACUAGAAAGACGGAAAGCCUUAGCCUGGAGAUAGCUGAGGAAUACAUGCGCAUUGGCUCAUGGACCGAGGCUUAUGAUAUACUUAAGCCUCUGUGGCCAGUCCUCACUUGGCGACGGUCAAACUGGUGGCAACUCAUGUCAAAGUUUGGCUGGGCUCUGCGAGAGUCUGCUUUACGGAUGCAUGACAGUGAAAUGGUUUUACGAGUAGACUGGGAGUUACUCAAUUCUGUGUUCCAACCAAAAUCCGACUGGCAGUAUGACAUUCAUCAAAGUCUUAGUGACUUCCCGCUGGAGAAGCCCAAACCAUCUGUUGUCCUCAAAGCCGAGGAUGUUCUGUCUAGUGUCACUGCCUCGUUUGUCUUCGAAAAAUUUGAGGGGAAUGUGGGCGAGCCGUUGCAGGGUCAAAUUACGAUCACAUCAUGCGCCCAAAAAUUAUCCAAGCCCAUCAGACUUUCCGGGAUUAAGGUUGUAUUUGAAGGCUGUCUUCGUCCAGUGAAACUUGAAUUUGAUGAAAGCGUGGAUACUAAUACCGCUGAUUCCUGCGUAAUAUCAUCACUUACACUACAUGAGCCGAACUUACCAGGCGAUGAAACAUCACUCCAUUCUCCAACGAGUGGCUUAACGGCCCUCGUCGGUGCUGCGGACUUGUCUCUUGGGCCUUCCCAAAUCAAGGUGUUUGACUUGACGUGUAUCCCCCGAGAAGCAGGAGAUUGUCGGGUUGCAUCCAUUACUCUGUUGAUCGAGGAAGAAAAGUUUGAUCUCGCGUGCGCCGUAACGGAUAUGGCCCAGAGCGAGUCUUUCUGGUGGCGACAAACCAAGAAAGGGCCGUCUCCAAGGAGAGUGGGCAAAGAUAGAGACACUAUAAGGUGCAAGAUUAUGCCGAAACCACCUAAGAUUCGGAUUACAACACCAAACCUCAAGGACAGUUAUUACACAAACGAGAGGGCUGUCCUUAGGAUUGGCAUACACAACGAAGAAGACGAGGCUGCUGAUGUUUUUACUGAGAUUCGGCUUUUUGGUCGGCCAGAAUCCGCAGCUAAAAUCAUAUGGCUCGAUGAGGAAGACUCACCGUCACCCCAGAGCUCUGAGAGAAGCUCUCCGAUCGAGGGCGUUUCCCAUUUCAUAAAACGUUCAAUUGGUGUAAUGGAGAGCUCUUCCCAACGAGAACUAGCUAUAGUGCUCACAGGCACGCAUGACACAUCUGAGUAUGAGCUUGAGAUAUCUUGUGUAUACCACCUGGCGUCUGAUAUCCAAACUCCUAUAAUCGCGACUAUGAGAGUCGUUCUAUCAAUCACUCGGCCAUUUGAGGCCAACUACGAAUUCCUCCCUCGUCUUCAUCCCCUACCGUGGCCAGAUUUCUUCUCGGUGAAGGAGGACGUGCUUGGAGAUGAGGUGACGGCCAAGCCUAGAGGUUUACAGCAACGAUGGAGCCUGAAUUCCAAGGUUGUCUCUUUCGCAUUGGAGCCUCUCGUGAUUGAAAGUGUAUCUCUAGUGCUGCUAGGAGCUAGUGGAGGAGCUACCUCCCACAUAGGUUCGGAGGUGGCGGUUAGCCCAGAAGCAUCGGAAAUACACCCGGAGGAGCUUCGCGAAUCAAACUUCACGUUGGACAUUCAAAAAAUGAUCUUGGGCGACCGACGACCGACGGCACUGAAUCUGGCACUGCAAAUCAAAUGGCGCCGAAGUAGUGCAGCUGAAGAUGAAUCUGCGCGGGACAGAGUCACCACCACGACACUUUCGAUCCCUCGCUUUGUGGCCCCAGCUGGUGAGCCUCGAGUGCUUGCCUCGGUGCUGCCAUCAGAGACCCUUUCUGGCCUGAUUCACUUGGAUUACACCCUGGAGAACCCCUCGAUGCACUUCCUCACGUUUAAUUUAACCAUGGAAGCUAGUGAACAUUUCGCCUUCAGCGGCCCGAAGACUAUGGUUGUUCAGUUGGUGCCGCUGAGCCGGCACACGGUCCGAUAUAACUUGUUGGCAUCACAACGGGGACUGUGGAUUCAACCUCAGCUUCUUGUGGUGGACAACUACUUCAACAAAACGCUGCGCGUCCUUCCUACGGAGGAGAUGGGAUCUGAUAAGAAAGGAAUCCUGGUCUGGGUCAAUGCGGAUGAUUAA